AUGGGUCUUCCAAAAACAGUUUUAUCUAACCAACGACAAGAAGUACACAAUACAAUGUUUAAAAAAAAAGGAAACAUUUCAAAGAUACAAAAUAUAGAAAACACUUCAAAGAUACAAAAUAUAGAAAACACUACCGUAUCGAUUAUAUUUAAGAGAUUACUUCAUUCAGCAGUGAUAAGAAACAAGAUAUUCGAAAGUGUCAAAGAUAUUCACGAUCAACUUGCAAUCAAUUCAUUGAGAUGUGAUUGGUAUGAUCUUGCUUGUUUCCCAGAUCAGCUGAUCAAGUUCAAUUAUAUCGAAAGAUAUAAGCAGAUAUUCAAUACAAUAGUCAGAGAAGAUAAUAAUAAUAAUAUUCAUACAGAUAAUUAUAAAGAUUGGAUACAUACAAUCAGAAAGUUUAGACAAUUAUAUUUAGAUUCAGUGAGGAAUGCAUUCGAUGUUGGAAAUCUAGAAGCUAUAGAGUUCAUCCAAAAGUCAUUUCCGAAUGAAUUAGAAUAUUCACUUUACGUCAAUAGAGAUCACUACAUUAAUAAUCUAGAGAUCAUUCAAUUCCUUCAUAAUAAAGCACCUCGAUGGUUCAGAUCACAAGGCACCGACGUGUUGAAAAAUGCUCGACUUGGUAGUUUUCAAGUAUUCAAAUGGCUUUACAAGAAUAGACCUGAAAGACCUACCUAUGAUUCUUUACAUGCUCCCAAUGCUAGAAAUCUUGAAACUAUCAAGUAUUUGUAUAAGAAAGAGAAGAAAUGGAGAGGAGAGUCAAUUGUAUUCUUAGUUUUGUUUGGGCAUCUGGAUAUACUCAAGUAUCUACUCAAGAAAAUGAAGAAACCAUGUGAUGAAGACAUUCUUAAACGUGUAGUUGCAAAUUAUGGACUUGAUGGUGGUCAGAUUUUUUCUACAGUCAAAUACCUCAUGGAGAACACCAAGCAAGACAUUUCAAAUACUUUGAUUGAUGAUGCUGCCAAAAAAGGUCUUAUUGAAGUGGUUAAAUAUCUCAUAGAGAAUACCACUGCCACAACAUAUACAAGUAUUACAAUGGAUGCUGUCGCUGGUCAUGGUGAUCUAGAGUUUCUCAAACAACUUCAUAAUAAACAUAUGAAUUGUACAGCUAAAGCAAUGCACAGGGCAGCUGAAAACGGACACAUUGAAGUGGUCAGAUUCCUUCAUGAGAACAGAACUGAAGGUUGUCGAGUGUAUACAAUGGAAAAAGUUGUAGCCAAUGUUGAUUUCGAUGUAUUUAAAUAUCUUUUUGAAAAUAGAAAAGAAUUAGAUAUUCCAGCAAAAACGAUGGACUACUUUGCCAAGUAUAAAGAUAGCAGUGCACUCCAAUGGUUAAAAGACAAUUCAACUCUACAAUGUUCACACGAAGCCUAUUUAAAUGCAAUAGAUAAAGCAAAUCUACCAAUAAUCAAAUGGAUUCGUGAAAAUACAAGUCUUCCAUUUCCAUCGAACUUAUUGGAAUAUGCAACAAAGUUGGAGAAUAGUGAUCUCAAAAUCGUUCAAUAUCUGCUUGAUAAUGGUGAAACCUGUUCAGUAAAAGAAUUGAAAUGUUGUCAUAAACUUUCAAUAUUCAAGUAUUUACUUUGUAACCUACCCGAAGGAUGUUCAAUGGACUCAUGGGCAUCUGAGGUAAUGGCAAAUGCAAUUAAAAAAGAUAAUGUUCCAAUCAUUAAAUACCUUCUUCAAAACACAUCUGAACACUUAACUACAGAGUACUCGAAAUUAACAUACUGCAAAGCAUUUGAUUAUUCAUCAAGACUUAAACUUAUAAAACUUUAUAAUCUUUAA